AUGAUCACGACACACGGAACAAAUGAGAUGCAGAAGACGAUUUUAGAUGAUGCGGACACCCGUCGUGUGAUUGGGGCAAUCGCGCAUCGGGAGCUUGUCGCAGACAGUGCUCCGUUGAACACAGAGGCGCGGUAUGACAAGGAUGGGAGGUGCUUUGUGGUGAGAGGGGGAGGGAAGUUCGCUGUGGUGGGGGCGGGGUUUGCGGAUUGGGCGAUUGUGACGGUGACAUUGACCCUGAACGAGCAGGACAACCACGGCCAUCACGCCUUUGUCGUUCAGCUGCGGGAGGGCGGUGCGCUGAGGAAGGUCGUAAGCAUGCGGCCCAUACAGGGGGAACAUCCAACGAUGAGUGCAAGCGGUGUGGGUGCCCUUCACUUUGAUAACGUUCGCCUCCCUGUUUUCGCCAUGCUACUCCCAUCACGGAUCGUGGGGAGGGGGGGGAAUCUUCGGUAG